CCGAGCUGUCAGUUUUGACAGACGGAAGUGACCUGCUUGUGUCAAAGCAUUGCAUAGUUCUUUUCGUUUAAAGGUCUCCUAGGCGAAAGUUGUGUUUUUCUGUGCAUUUUCACGUUUCGUGUCAAGAACUUAAGACUUAAACAUGCGUUACGUGGCUGCAUACCUACUGGCUGUCCUCGGCGGACAAGAGAGCCCCGCCAAUGCCGAUCUGGAGAAAAUCCUCAGCUCCGUCGGUAUUGAGGCUGACGCUGAGCGUCUCAGCCGCGUGAUCAAGGAGCUCAAGGGCAAGAGCAUCGAUGAUCUGAUCAAGGAGGGUCGCGAGAAGCUCUCAUCCAUGCCGGUAGGUGGCGGUGCUGCCGCUGCUGCUGCCCCCGCUGCCGCUGCUGCUGCCCCUGGCGGUGACAAGAAGGAAGCCAAGAAAGAGGAGAAGAAGGAGGAAUCCGAAUCUGAGGAUGAUGAUAUGGGUUUCGCUCUCUUCGAAUAAGCUUUCACUUCAUCACUUGCGAAUGCUUAACAUCAAACGUAUAUACGUUUAAACAUGUGCAGCAACAACAACACCAACUACAACAACAUCUAGCAAGGACAGCCGGGCAGUUCCAACAUCUUCUGCAUUGCACAGUGGCACACAUUGCUUUGAGUUGCCUUUCAAAAUUUGUUUUUACCAACCAACGACAAAUAUAUAUAUACAAAACACAAAACAACAACCACAAAAAAAAGAGUUGAAACAUUUAUUUCUAUGAAAUAAAAAUCUGCAGUGUUUACACUUAUAUACGUCAAAGAA